UUUUUGUUUGACUAUUUCCUUUAUUAAUUUUCCUAAAUUUUCCAUUCCAUAUUUUUGAACAAAAAACACCCUACUCUCUCCAUUUGUACCUAUACCUAUAUUUUCUCUGUCUCCUCUUGUAUUGUAUCCUUUUUGAAAUCAUCAAUUACUUGUAUUGGUAUAUAUGUAUGUUUCAUGAUUCCUUUUCUUUACACACUUUCUCACACUAUCACAGUUUUCAGUUCUACAACAACUAUUCUCUUCUUCAGAUGGAUAAUGAAUUUGAGGAUACACAAGCAGUUUCUGAUAUGAUUCCAAGCAAUCAACAGAGGAAAAAACAGUCAUUUAUCUGGAAAGUGUUGACCAUGGGAGAAAGAAAUGGAAGAACAAUGGAAAGAGGUUCAAUUGAUUCUCAUGAAGCACUUUCUGAUUUAUCUAUCCAAAAUCAAGGUUCAGUCAUGUCUUCUUGUGAAGCAGUUCAGAAUUUCAGAGUUUUUGCUGCAACAUGGAAUGUUGGAGGUCAAUGUCCCAGUGGAAACCUUGAUCUGAGUGAUUUUCUUCAGGUUCAAAAUGAACCAGAUAUGUAUGUUUUGGGUUUUCAGGAGAUUGUCCCUUUGAAUGCUGGAAAUGUGCUUGUAUUAGAAGACAAUGAACCUGCUGCAAAAUGGCUAGCCUUAAUAAAUCAAUCACUUAAUGGUCCUUCAGAUUUCACUUCUAACGGAUUAAAACCGACUGCAUCGUUUAACGGUUCAUUGUUCUUCCAAAAGCCUUCUCUAAAGAAGAUUAAGAAAACUUUCAAGAAAUUAAAUGGAAAGAGGCUAAAAAGUUGUAACUGCGUACUCGAAAUGGAAAGGAAGGCUGCUAAGGAUUUCUGUUUUCGAUGCCAAGAAUCAAAUUUCAAUUUAGACGAUUCUUCAACCGAAGAGGAAGACGAUAAUUUCCCAAUUUCUGUCGCUUUGGCUACGAAUCAGAUGAAAUAUAGUCUUGUUACCUGUAAACAAAUGGUUGGAAUUUUUGUUAGUGUAUGGAUGAAGAAAGAACUUAUUCAAUAUGUAGGACAUUUAAGAAUAUGUAGCACUAGUCGCGGUAUCAUGGGAUGCCUUGGAAACAAGGGGUGUAUAUCUGUGAGCAUGUCAUUUUAUCAGACAAGUUUUUGCUUUAUCUGUAGUCAUCUUGCAUCGGGAGAGAAAGAGGGCGAUGAACUACGUCGGAAUCUUGAUGUCAUAGAGAUACUAAAGAACACUCAAUUUCCAAAGAUUUGCAAGAAUCAGUAUAGUAGGAUGCCGGACAAAAUUUUAGAUCACGACCGAAUUAUUUGGUUUGGAGACUUGAAUUACAGAAUUUCUUUGAGCCGCGAUGACGCAAAAAGGCUUGUGGAAAUGAAGGAUUGGCCUUCACUUUUUAACAAGGAUCAGCUUAAAAUGGAAAGGGAAGCCGGUCGCGUGUUUAAGGGGUGGAAAGAAGGAAAAAUCUACUUUGCACCAACUUAUAAAUAUGCAUUCAACUCAGAUACUUACUAUGCUGAAGGUGUAAAGGUUUCAAAGAACAAAAGAAGAACUCCAGCUUGGUGUGAUAGAAUCUUGUGGCAUGGAAGGGGAAUACAACAACUCUCAUACGUGCGUAAAGAAUUCAAAUUUUCUGACCAUAGACCUGUUUGUUCAACAUUUUUGGUAGAAGUGGAAGUCAUGUUUAGGGGACAAAAGAAGAAACUUUCCAAUUUCAACUUUCAAAUUCAUGAUCUUGUACCUACAAGAAGUUCAUAUUAUUCUUGAAGCACCAAUCCUAACAAUACUUAAGGUACUUAUGCACUAACCACGUACAAUGAAUGCAAGAGUGAAUAGAUAAUUGCAAUUUUUCCAUUCGAAGUGAAGAAUAGUUAGAAGAUUUUGGAGACUUCCAAGGAACAAACUAGAGCAUUCAGAAUUGAUGAAGCAAUGAAAAUGUAAUAGAAAAUGUGAUUAGAACGGUGAAUUAACUAAUCAAAAUAAAUUAAAAUAAUUAGAGUCAA